CCAUCUUACGCCGUUAUCAGAAAGGAUGUAUGCAUCACUCGAGUACACCAGAAGCUUGAUAUUCAACAUAAGCCUCCAACAAGAGAACUUUCAUGGAAAGAUGAAACCCCGCUCCCAUACCAUCGAACUGGCUACUGGUCUGAUCCUCAGGGUCGUCUCACGGGGGGCUCCCGUUGCGUCAUUCUCUAUCGCAUUCCGCGAUCGCACCGGUCAUAGCGUUGACAUGGUCACCUGGACGGAUCUCUGGUUCCAUCACAUCCUCGACAUGAGGGAUGAGGUGACUGCCGAAUACACCAAGAUCGUUGCGCCGAGCGCUGUAGGCCUAGAAAUCGUGAAGUUCAACGACUCCAAUGACUUUACCUGCCAAGCCUGGCUUGAUCUCCCGGAAGCUGAAGCAGAAGAUGAAGAUGAAGAUGAAGAUGAAGAUGAACUGGACAACUGCAAGCAUUGGAGGGUUUGGCUUGAGAAUCCCGAGAUGGAGGUCGAAGUCUCGCACUUUAGUCAAGAUCUGAGUCAGGCUACCAGAGGAAGUCGUCAAGGACGAGGCGCCUCACUGAAGAAGGACGUGGUUCAUGGCCGAUUGGAAGCUCUCAUGAAAUACAAAGAGCUAUCUGCUUUUCCUACCUGUUACGUAAUAGCGAUGGAAACCAACGAAAUCCACUCACAUCGCGCGCAACUCAACCUACCCAAACACAACCCGACAAGGAUUCUACCCUUUCACGUUACAACCAUGUCCAGUCUAGUCACCUCGAACCACGGCCUCUCCUCUCGAGGCCUCGUCACUCGCUACACUUCGAUCUUGCACGAAUCCGCUGCGUCCACUCAGGCCUGUCACGACAGGAUCCGCUUGCCCGGUGGCCUUUCCAUCUGCAUCGAGUCGAGCGGCCGCGCCCACUCUGUCGUCUUGUCGAUCACCUUUUUCGACAAGACCGCCAACCGCGUCGGCCCGGCCAGGUGGGCCGAGGUCUGGUCCGAGACCAUCGCCGCCAAGAAGCAAGCCGCCGAUGUCUACGGGGGCGGCGAUGAGGUCGAUGCCAUGACCAUCGGUCUCUUGAUCGACAUUGCGAACAUGGGCAGAAAGUCCUUUGCGGCGUACGCCAUCUACUGGGACGCCGAUGCCCCUCCCGCUUGUCGUCACGGAUGCAAGACCUGGAAGGUCGGCGAGUCUGCCGGACGUCCCAAGGUCACCGAGGUUCCUACUGCUGGCGGGCACAGGACUAUCAACACCCCCUACGGUGUUCUUCGUUGCGACAGGCAGUCGACCGCUCGUUCCCACAGCAUCGGAGGUUUCCCUUCCUCGAGCGCCCUCCAGUACUUGGACGACUGA